AUGGCUCACUCCUCUCACCCCUCUGGCUGGAGGGAGAUGACAAACGGAGGCGGGCACCCCCACUUCCACAGCGGAGGCCAGGCCGGGGGUUCCCAUAGCGCCACACGCUACAUGCUGAAGAAGCAGCACCGCCAUAGACGCAGGUCAUCUUCGCCAAUGGGCAGGGUCAUCCUUAUCAACGCACCUGUUGAUGGUGAGUCCAGCACAUGAUGAGUUUUCUCUAUUACCAUGGUACCACACCCAGCAGAGGCACAGUCAGGUCAGACACUGUCAGUCAUAGGAAUGAAUUUAGAUUGGAGUCUGGAGCAAAGCAUUAAUUUAUUUAUGAGGAUGUAUUUUGCUUUUUUCAUAUUUUGGAAAAAAAUACUAGUGCAAAGUUUGGGUGAUGUUUAUGGGACUACUCUGAGGUGAUUCUCCCCUGUGAGAAUAAAGAUACCAGGCAGAAAUGUCUGUUUUUGUUGUUGUUGGAGAUUUCUUUCAAGGUCAGAUUGGGGUCACAAGAAUAUAAAAAACAUAUGAGAAUUGUGCAUUUAAAAAAUAAAAAUACAACUUUAAAUCAUAACAUAGUUUGAGACAGAGCCUUCUACAUUCCCCCACCCUCUGGAGUUCACUCCCCAAACCCAUCCAAGACUGUACUGACCCCCACACUCAGUACAGUCUUAAAAACACACCUUUUUAAAUUGGCUUUUAACCUGUGAACUGUUCUUUUGUCUUCUCAUAUUGUGUCUUUUUUAACCUUUUACAUCGUUGGUUUUAUUUCUCAAAAAUGUCUGUAUUUUAAAUUGUUUUUUUAUUUUGUUUUCUUCUUUUUCUUUGUAAGGCAUUUUUGAGCACCUGUAAAAGCAUGUUAUACAUAAAAUUUAUUAUUAUUAUUAUUAUUAUUAUUACUAUUACAACAGAGGAGGAGGGUUCUAGAGUGUUGGGUUCCAGAGUGUAUAUGACUUAAAGAGACAGUGGUGUUUUAAACAGAAGCUGAAGGGUUUUCUAAGCGAGCCUGAGAUAAUAAUUCAAAUAGUUUUGAUAACUAUCCUUUUUUUCAGAUUUCAAAAUAAUUAAAAAGCUUAAAAAGCUUGCUUAAAAAAGCUUAAAAAAAUUGAAACAAAAUGAAGUUAUCUGAUUAAAUUGUAGUAAUCAUCAGUUCCAGCUCAUUAAAUUCUUUGCAUGUGUAAAUAUCUCAGUGACUCACAGUUGAAAAUAAAACGUGUAUAUUGCAAAGAAGUAUUGCAUGAAAGAAAAAUCUUUCUCUAUUUCUAUUUUAAACUUUUAUUGAUGGAACCAUUGUAGUCCUUGUGAGAAGUAGUCCAUGAGAGUUUGUAAACCAUUACCUUCAUGGAAGAUGUUUGUGUAUUUUUUGCAUUCUUUUGUGUUUACAGGAGGGGAUGAUAGUGAAGAUAUUCACACAGUGACCGUUGACAAAAGUCCAGAUGGGCGUUUAGGUUUUAGUGUCCGAGGAGGCUCUGAACACGGACUUGGAAUAUUUGUCAGUAAAGUGGAGGAUGACAGCUCUGCAGGUAAGUGUGUGUGUCUGCGUGUGUGUUUCUCAGGAUUAUUGGAAGCUAACACUUGUGCUUACAUCUUGGUUUGUGUUAGUCUUUUCCUGUGUGACAUUUACCCCUGUGUACCAUGCUGAGUCCCACCUGUGUGUGCAGAGCAGGCUGGGCUGACUGUGGGUGAUAAGCUGGUGGAGGUGAACGGGGUCAGCCUGGAGAGCAUCACCAUGAGCAGUGCUGUGAAGGUCCUGACAGGGAACAACAAGCUGAGGAUGGUGGUGAGACGGGUGGGAAAGAUCCCCGGUAUACGCUACUCCAAAGAGAAGACAACAUGGUGAGGUUAACAGAUCCAGAACAGUUCAUACAUCUGUGACUUGAUAUAAUCACUCUUUAUAUUAAGAGAACCUUGUAAUUAUCACCACUGUCCUUUGCACGGCUGUUGUUGAGUGUAAUCUUGUCACUAGACUGCAGCUUAGACUGGUGAUCUUUCUUUUGAGAUAUUUUGUAUCUUGGUUUCAUGUGGCGGCAGUGGAUGGAUUACUGCUGUGACCUUUAUGGCUUUUUGAUUAACCGAUACUGAUAGGUCUGACCUCAGAGGAGAGAGCAGAAAACAGUGUGUGGGAAUGUUUUCACAUGUGUGUAUUUUUCCUUUCUGGCAUAUGUGUGUUUUUUGUGUGUGGAUGUGUAGGGUAGAUCUGAUUCACCGGCGGAUGGUGGUCGAGGAGAGUGGUCACACGCCGUCAGAGGCCAGUUCAGACAGCGCUCUCCGCAGGAUUGUGCAUCUUUUCACGACAUCAGACGACUACUGCCUGGGCUUCAACAUCAGAGGAGGCAAAGAGUUUGGACUGGGAAUUUACGUUUCCAAGUAUGAAGGACAAGUAGUGCUUUUAAAUAACGAGUUUUACUCCUGGAAAGGUCAUUGGCAUCAGAUUAACACAGUUAUUCAGGAUAGUGCAGUGAGGAUGUUGCAGGACCCAGGUUCAAACCAUGCUGCUGCAGAGUCUUAGGUGUUGAGAAAGAAAAGCACAAAGGAACAGUAUUUUCCAACAGUAAUUAAUUGAGAUAAGUUUCAUUGUGGUCUAACCUUCUAAUACUCAUACUUGAGUAUUUUCAGGAAAUCAGUGCCCCUCAAAAACUAGUGUAAUUAAAAAAUAUAGUCAUAUUACCAUAAAUUGAACUGAUUCCUGGCAUUUUACAGGACCUAACAAGCAUCACACCCCUUGCUGGAAACACAAUAAUGUAGCUUGCAAUCAUAAAUCAUUACUUGCCUGAAACCAGUUUAUUUCCGGGGGUAAUUGAGCAGUGGAGUGAACUCAGAAUAAGGCAACAAUUGGCAUGUUGGCCAAUACCCAAUACUGCAUUUUAGGCAUUGACCAGCACGGAGACAACUUACACUUAAAAGUUUUUUAAGAAUAAUAAGUCCAGUCAGAAAAUGGUUAAUAAAUCUCUGUGCUCAUUUUGUGUUUCAAGAUAACUCAGAACUUCAUGUUUUACUCUCUUCAGGUUAGAUCCUGGUGGGCUUGCAGAGCUGCACGGCAUUAAGAUGGGCGAUCAAAUCCUUGCUGCCAAUGGCGUCAGCUUUGAGGACAUCACUCACAGCAAUGCGGUCGAGGUCCUGAAGAGCCACACACAUGUCAUGUUGACCAUCAGAGUGGGUGACAACUUAACAGAUAUUCUUUAGGCCUGUUAUUUCUACUCUUUAUGAUUAUAAUGGAUCAAAUGACAGUGUAUAGUUUUAUUUUCUGGGGUCUUUAUCAGGAAAAAAAAGAAAAUGAUCACCUAGUUCUUUAGUUCCCCCUUUGCACUUUAGUACGGUUGAGCCUUUAAGACUAUUGUUUUGGUGCAAAUGUGUUUUGUUUCAGUGCUCUCACUGGCUUUGCUUUUCGCUCACAAUUAUCUGUUCACAACUUUUACAGCACCAAAAAGCAGAUGGACUCAGUUAGCUCCUUGCUUGUGAACAUAGCAGAACAUUUAAGGACUAUAGAGCUUGAUAAUAUUCUUCAGAGUAGGUAAAGAAUAAAAACAAAAGCUGAAAGGAGCCACAUAAACGUGGCAUAUGAGCACUAGAGCUGAAAAUUGCCUAUAAGUGGCAGUAUGUAAAAUUCUUCAGGUGAUAAUUUUAGGUGUCUAAAUAAUCAAAUAGUUCAGGUUAAAGACUAAUCUUACAAGUCUGUUCCUCUGGUCGUCUCUAAUACAUCGUUUGUUAAGAGUUGUAUGGCAGUGCAGUUGAUUGUGUGCUUUACCUGCUGCGACACAAUAAUAAAUGUUACAGUGUGUUAAAUAACACCAGAUCCUCCCAGGAGAGAAGACAGCUGGCUCACAGCCCUCACAGUUUCUUAUGUGUCUGUUUGCGCAUACAUGUGUGCCACUUAACCUAUGUCAUUUUUGGAGAAAGGCAUUGUGUGCGUGUUUGUGUGUAUGAAUGGAUACACGCAUGUUGUGCAGUGUGAUCGAGUGUGCGUACUCUCUAAGCACAACAUCGCUGCGCGCUCAUUUUACUCCUCUGAUCUCAGGUUCCACGUGCGAAAAACAGCCAGGGACAACGUUCAUUAUUCAAAGGCAGUCAGGGAUCAGGUUAUAAUCAGCAGAAAGACGAAAUUUAUGUCUUCCUUCAGUCCUUUAUCAGACCUAUAAGCAAGUCAGAGACACACAUGGCAAAGUGACGGUUAGCUAAUGACUGGAAACCAAACUCUGUUCUGCUUGUGUAAACAAAGCUUAUGUGGACAUUUGUAGACUGUAACCUUGUGUGUUUAUGAGGUUUUGUACUUUGAGACCUAUCACUUAUCCACUUUUGAUCCAAAAUGCCACAAAUUGCAGGGAAUAAUAAAUUAGCUAAGAACAAUAUAAAAUAAAAAUUAAAAAACUGAUAUGGUAUUAAGUCUUGGCAAAGAUAGACAGAGCUCCAAGCAUGUUUAGCUGGAGGUUAGUUCAAGUAACCUAAGGGGAGACAGCAUCUUAUAAAGUACCUAGAUAAUCUUGAUAUAGUAUUGUGGUCACCAUUUGUGGAUAAACAAGAAACUUGCAGCUUGUAUUUUGGCGCCCCCUGUGGACAAAGCAGUCUUUGCUUAUAUUUCCUUCGUUCCCUUCUCUUCUGGUUUAUUUGAAAGUGAUUUUUUAGAAAUUACAAAUCUUGUCCCUGAUUGUCUUGUUUUGUUUAGUUUUACGUAGCAUAAAAAGGCAUAAAAAUAAAUCUAAGCGUAUUUUUUAAAUAUCAAAAGGUUCUUACAGGAGAUUUAAAGAUGUCAAAAAGACCCUCCAAAACAAGAAAUUGAAGGUUCAAGUUUUUUAACAAAUAUAAUGAAACAAAGAAUAAUUUUCAUAAACAUCAGGUGUCGUUUACUCAUUAAUGUGUUUAUACUUUAUUUAUGUCUGUUUGUGGUUCAGCUGGUUAUAUUUGAUCCUAACUUUUAACAGGAAGCUGGGAGAUAUCCUGCAUACAAGGAGAUGGUGGCAGAAUAUGGCUGGCUUGACAAACGUAGGUGUUUUAUAUUUUCAUGUUGUCCAGAAUGAUCUUACAGGAGAGGGUCAGAGUUUUAGAAAUGUUUUCUCUGAGGUGUCAUUGAUUAUAUUUAUUUAUACAAAGAUUUGCUAAAGAAAAAGGUUUCACCUCAUCGUCUCACUCUGGGUAGAUAGAUAUAGAAAAGGGAGACACUGGCCACAUGUUGCUGACUGAAAGCUUCCUUGUUUUUUAGUACCUCUGAACACAGACAGGGAUUAAUACAGAAUACUCGGAGGCAGCUAAAUUGUCUGGAACAGUGAAUGACAUGACCUGACAUCUGGGUCUAAACAUAGAGUCACUUUAGAGUUUAAUAACAGAGAGAAAAAAAGAAAAGAACUUCUGGCUCCUGUCCUGGGUUCUGAAAGUUUACAGGAUUAAAAGCAGAUGGGGCAGAAAAGUUAAAAACCAAACAAAGAAGUCUGUGCAGAGUAAGGAAAUGAAGCUUGUAUAAACCUUAAUCACCGUGUAACCUAGUUACUUUUGCAUGCAUGUAUUUUUUUAUCAAAUGUUGCAGAUUCAUAUGUUUUUUUCUCCAAUAAAACCUUGUAUAUUUAAGACAGUGAUUCAUAUUCUAAUGAUGGUAUGUGUCCUACAGUGGCCAAUGGACGCCCUGCUCCAUCUUCCCAGGCUUCAGACUCCAACUCCUCUGCCUCAUCGUUGUCCAGCAGCACCCCCCUCAGCUCCCUCAGUGGUCUCUCCCAGAUCCUUUUCCCUCCUGUUUUUGGCUCUGAGAUGGUAGACGUCGCCAUCUCCACAGAGGACCGCUCCCGACGUCCAAGCAGUACCGAGAGAACUGCUGACACUGCCAUACAGACUGACCCCCACCCUCCAAACUACCCGGACCACCACUCGGUCAAUGGGUCUUACUCUGACAGGCUGGUUGCCACAGAAACCAGUCGGACUGUAGGUGCCACAGUGCUGCUGAAGGAUACAGUCAUACGUGGAAAAGGGGAGGGGCCUAGGGAGAUGGGAGGAGCUGGGGAAGGAGGGCGGAGACGGUCGAGGGUGCUGUCAUCGGGGGACCAGGAAGUAGAGAAACACUCACCGAAAACUGCAGCACUGAUGGCCCUGAGCAAACCGCGGAGGCCAGUCAAACGUUCGCAGAGCCACAUCACAGCAUCAGGUGAGAUUUUAGUAGACUUAGAUUUGGUCCUUUAUUAUGUUUGUUUGAGGAUGUCCAAUAUAGCCAUAAAAUACAAUAAAAAAUAAAAUAUAGCCGUAUUGCAAAUAAAAACUUGGCUCUGAUUUAUGGGUGUUUUAGCACCACUGACCUCAUAUGAAGAUGGAUGAUGCAUCUCUUUGAGCACUGAGGAAUUGUACAUUAUGGAUCAGCUAGUGCAGCCAUGUUGCCAUCUAAAGGUUUUGGCUUCACCUGGGUGGCUGUCAUGUUGUCCAUUCUUUUAUUCAGUCUGUUGUACGCAAAAGCUUGAAACCACAUGAGUUUACAAUAAUAAAGCCAAAGAUACAGUACAAUGCAAUUCCCAGUGUUUUUGUAAAUCACUUUCAUAUUAUGUAACAAGCAUAAUGGUGCAGUAGUUAAUGAAGAAGGUUCCUAAUUGGAUCCCAGCAGACAGGAGCCUCCUUGUGUGUAGUUUACAAGUCCCCCCAUGCAUCUCUAUUCUCUACUAAGACACUCUGGCCCUCUUGUGCAGACCAAAGACAUGCCUGUGACGUUCACUGGUUGCCCGUAGGUGCAUAUUUUGAGUGUGUUUGGUUGUUUGUCUCUGUUUGCUAACUCACUUGUGCCCUGGCUCUGAACACUAGGAUUGGUUCCAGCCUCUGCAAGGUGUAAGAAAAUGUUUGUUUCUGAACAUUUAGGCAAAAAUGAUCAUGAUUCAGGUUGUUGCAAAUAUUUUUUCAUCUUUACAAAUGAACAGGAAGUAAACACAAAGUCAAUUGGAUGUCUUUGAUUUUUAAGUAAAAUCAUGAGCCUUCUUCUACUAGUGCAAGAUUGAAAUUCAGAGUAAGAUUAGUGUUGACAAAGUUGGAUUGACUUGGUAUAUCCUUUUUCAGUAUUUCAUCAUUAGAUUUCUCCCAGUGAGAUAUUGCCAAUAAAAUCUGUUAUCAGCCAGGCUUUAUUCUGUAUUAUGGUUGUUGUGUAAAGCAGAGGUAUCAUCCAUCUUAGUUAAGGCACAAACUUUCCAGGAUCCCAACAUGAAGAGAAUGGCACUCAAUAUUGGAUCCAAGUUUUUAGCCCAUAUUUCUCACAGCACUGGAACUCAGCGUGCUGUGGGAUCCACUCUCACACCCUCCAGAGAUUUCCCUGCAAGGCAUCAGUCAGUUUAAUGACCCCCCCGUCCCUCCAUCACUCCAGGAAGUGAAGAGGAACAUUUCCCCUCCGCAUGGCUGAUUUAAGCUCCUGACAGAAUUUGUUCAGGAGCACAAAGUUAACUCAGACUCCUGAUUAAUCGCUGCCCUUUACUCUCAGCUGUUGUACCUCUAUGAGGAAUGAAUGAGAACACGCAUAUGGAGGAAUAUCCAUCCAGGCCUUGGCGGGCUGUUGAGUUAUUAGGCUCUCCUUUUCAAUUUAUUCCGCUCAUUCAUAGCUCCAGGACCUGAUGGGGGCUUGGGGCAGAGCCCAGGGCUGAUUGGACAUUUGUUAUGUGAGCUGGUACACUUUGAUAUUGUAUCCUCAAAAGAUGGGGUGGGGCGAAGGGAUUUUGUUGGUGUGGCUGCAAUUCAUCAGUAUUACUGUGUUACUUUUCACAGUGGCAGAUUUACUGCCGAGAACAGAGGACCUGACUGGAAGAGAAAUGAACAGUCUGUGCUCAUAACGGAGAGAGUGAAUCACCCUCUUUUACCGGCGAACAGUUAAACGGGGAGCGUGGCAGAGAUAAUGAAUCAUGUUUUCAGCUUCAUACACAGAGAUGCAGAUUGUUCUGUUCUCGCUGUGGCAGCGGUGAUUAAAGGUUUUCAUUUAAACAAAGUAUGGAUGCUGCAUUAGCGAUGAUGAUUUUAUUUACACAGCACCUCUGUUACAAAACAAGAUGAGUGAUUUCCAAUAAAAAACAUGGGGAAAAAAAAGGAAAUUAUUAGCUUAGCCAAGCUGUUAUAGGAGGAGAGGCAGGGUUCACUAGAGGCAGGUCGCAAGGCUAUCACAGGGUUAGUAUAUAGACAAACAACCACACAUACAGGCCUUAUAAAGUGACUUAUUAAUCUAGCAAUGUCUCUGGAGUGCUGAAGAGAAUCUGGCAUGCUGUACUAGAGUCUUGACCCGACAAAAACAGUUGAAAAUAAGAAAAAAUAAUCCAGGGCUUGAACCUCUCUGUGCCUAAAUGUGAACAGGAAUUCUUGAAAUCAAAAUUCAAGAGGAGUUAUAAGUUGUAAAUUCUCAGGUCUCACAAACAUGAUUCAGCUAGUGAAACAUUGAGCAGACUUCAGGCUCUUUUUUAAUUAUUCCACUGCAUUCAGGUGUAAAAACGCACCUAAUCUUCACUUUGUUAAAAUACUGAUGUAUGGACUCCUAGAGCUGAACAAUUUUGACUUUCUUUCCUCAACUUUUAGAGGACAGAAAGAAGAAGAAGAAACAACAAAAAGGGAAGCAGUCUUCGGAGGGUAAAACCAGCCUGCAGCGAUCUAAAACCUUCGUCAACCUGUUCUUUAAGAAAGACCGUAAAGAGAAGAGCCGCUCAAAGUCACCGUCUCGCCAUGCAGACAAAGGUGAGUGUGAGGUUAAGAUGCUUUUUUUCCUGUCUUGGCUCAUAUUGUGCGUCACACAAUGACAAAUUGAGCCAAUGUUAUAGAUUUGAUUGUCAUUUCCUGUAACCUAUUGUACAAAUGUAAGAUGUGGAUAACAAUUCAAGAGAUCUGGAAACAAGCAGAUCCCAGAGUGUGCUGUGUUCUCUUCUACUGGACAUUUUAGGGUUCAGACUGUCAGAGAUAGUCACACGUGUCCGGGAAUUUUAGCCUCUUUAUUGAUUUAUCUGGAUAUUCCAGUUUAAUAUUAAAGAUGCCAAGAUUAUAUUGUUUAAAUCAUGAUUGCAAACAUCUACAGAGGGAGUUAAUUUACAAGUCAAAGUUCCGCACAAGGAGUUGAGACUGUUGACUUACUACUUAUUGGUUUUGAUGUCCUCUGAGUGAGUUUGGGCUGAGUACAAGCGACUGAGGAGUUUUCUCUUAAAGUUUUCUCUCAAAUCCUCAGAAAAGGAUCGAGGUCGCCCCUUCCAGCUCUUGACUUCCCCGAGAGAAUCCAGAGCUGGUGUGAAAGACAGCAGCCUGCUGCCUCGACUGGAGACCCUGCAGCAUGUGGAAGAGAUGGCCAAGAGGCUGCUGAUCCAGGACGAGGUGGCUGCUGUGAUGAGGCACUGUCAGCGGGUGGGUUCCUGCUCUGAAACAUCUCAGUGACUCCCUCCUGUAUGUGCUUUAUCCUUCCUCUGAAUGAGAAUCAGCUGGAUUUCUUACAGACUUCUCACUGUGUCUGUGAGUCUCCUGUAGUGAUAGAUAUGUCUGGCAGCGCCUGUGACAAAAGACAGAUUUGGCCUGUCAUUUCUGAUCAGGAUCAAAUAUCAGACUUGCUUUGAUCCCCUUGGCUCCUUCAGCCCAUCUCACACUCAGUGGCCACUUUCAGGGGAUAAGCUUCUUGGCUGGUCCUUUUACUACCAAUGCAGAGAAUAUUCAGACUUCAAAUAAGAGUGAGACUCCUUUACAACAGUCUCACAUCUGUUCAACAGUUAGUCUGAGAAUGCCAACAAAUCUUGGUUAAUAAUCUAUCGACACAAGGCCAAAAAUGUAAUUAUAACAAACAACACAUGCUUGAAUUCUUGUUUGCUGAAUUUUUGAGGAAAUGUUGUCUUCAAAACUCAUGGGUAGAAAAUUCUGGGCUGUUGGUCUCAAGUUUCUGUCAUUUUAGACUAAAGGAAGACGCAAAACAACAGUUUUCACAAUGAAAGAAGACCUUUCUUUAGAAGUAAAUAUACUUUUUCCUGCCUUUGUCUCUUUUUAUUGUCUAAUUCGUGUCUUAAUCUUAUCUUUUCCUCAGUUUUUAUCUGAAAACGUGGUUGAUGAUUUAGUUCGCCCCCUCUUGGCCAUCUUGGACAGACCAGAGAAAUUGCUGCUUCUCAGAGAAAUAAGGUGAGCUGCAUAUUAGCAGUGUUAAAGUUACAUUCUGUUCUACCUUUGUGUGCGCUUGUAUCUUAAUGAUCAUAUAUCGUCUGUAGGAUGCUGAUACCAACAGCUGAGCUGGGUCGUUUUGACAGCAUGGUCAUGCCCUUUGAGUUGGAGGCGUACGAUGUUCUUAAGAGUCGCUCUGGUAAGCUAGCUGAUCUCUUUAUUAUAACAAAGUCAGUGUUUUGAAGUGGCCAUCACAAAGCCCUGAUCUCAAUCCUACUGAAAAUUUAUGGGCAGAACUGAACAGAACUUAAAAGUCAUGUGCAAGCAAGGCGGCCUACAAACUCGGCUCAGUCACACCAGUUCUGUCAGGAGAAAUGAGCCAAAGUUCCUGCAAACUAUUGUGAGAAACUUGUGGAGGCAUAUCCAAAGCAUUUGACCCAAGUCAUACAAUUAAAAGGCAGCUAAUGAAAUGUAUGUAAAAUUUGACUCUCAAGAAAGUCAUAAAAAAUUGUCUAAAAAAUUCUCUCUCUCAUUAUUCUGGCAUGUAGCAAAUAAAAAUAAUUUUGGUAAUCCUAAUUGACCAAAAACAGGAAAAGUUUAAUCUGAUUUCAUGUUAGACGGUGAGAAAAAAAAAAGAUUAUGUGCCUUUUUAUAUAGUGUAUGUAAACUUCUGGUUUCAGCUGUAAGUAUGUAAAUCCUAUUUGUAUUAGUGACUAAAUACAGUUUUUUUUUUAAAGAUAGUAAUGAAAUAAAACAGGAUUGGUUUAUCCUCAGUUGUAUAUUUCUCUGUAGUUCGCUCUCCAGCCCUGCGCUCUCCUCGCAGUGGAACCCCUCGACGUCACCUCAUCACCCCAAUCCCAGGUACAUCAACCCCCUCCUCCUCCUCCUCCUCCUCCUCUCACCCUUUCACUUUCUUAACCUCACCUCUCUCCUGACUCUGUCUUCUCUCUGCCCUCUCUCUAAUCCCCGAGGAAAAUGAGAUACACAAGGGGGCUUAAACCUCUCACCUUUUGUUUCUCUCUCCUCCUCUUUCUCUCACUUUUAUCCUCUCACUUCAUUUUUUUUCCUGCCUCAUCUUGUAUAUACGUCUACACACUAAAACACCUGCAUCCACACAGCAUAUCCUGUCUCGUUCCCACCUUCUGACCUCAUAUAAAACACACUCACACACACACACACACACACACACACACACACACACACACACACACACACACACUCACACACACACACGUCGCCAUGCAGAGUAUAUCUCAGGUUUCCUGUGCCUGUGCUAAAGCUGAGGCUUAUGUUUCAUCUCUGCAGCCGGCUGAAAGGACCGAGACGUGCCUGCUGGCUGCUGUGACACUUAAACAAAACAGAGAUGCUUUUGGUCUCUUCUUCAUUCAAGAAUCAUUGAGACACAAUCGAUGCAGCCUCACUUCAGACUGACAGCAGCCUUCUCACUUUCUAAAGUCAUAGGUUAGAGGUCAUGAGGUCAAAGUGACAGAAAAAAGCAGACAGGCCGUCACUAAGGUGUUUUGGAGGUAUUUACCUGACUGGUAUGAUUGGUCCUGGUGGGAUAAGUAAGAUUUUCAUAAACUCGUUUACUUAGCUGCACUGAAUUUUAGCUUGGCCCCUGGGUGUGCAACAAAAAAAUGGGAAAGUUAGGUUUUGUGGGGAAAAACUAUGAGUAUGUGCUGAGGAAGUGUUUAGGGAUCCAGAGAUAUUCAGUUUAUGAUUAUGUGUCUCUAUAUUACAAUAAAACGUUGGUAUUGUUCUUCAAAAUUACUGCCAUGCUUUAAGUCUUGACACUUUAUAUCGCUCUUCUUUUAUUCCACAUUUCUUUAUCCAAAUAUUGACACAAAAUUCAUUACACGUUUUUCAUCGGAGCCGUGUAGUUUUGAGUGGAUGCUUGAAAUAUUAUGAUUUAAAAAAUAACGUAGUAUAAAGUACUCAUUGGUCUCUGUUUUUUGCAUUUAGUAGUGUUAUUGUUUUGUUUGAAGCCUUUUCUCGCUCCACAGGGAAACUCAUCACACUUGAUGGAUUGCCUCUUGUUCUAAGACGACAUGUAAAACUAGUCAAACUCUCUUUGAACUCAUGCCGAGCUGCAACUUUGACUCCACAGAGUUUUCACUUUGUGCGUACAGUAUGUCCUGGUGGAGAUCAAUAUUUUAACAUUUGUGUUGUUCAUGUAAACAUGAAACCCUUGGCAGAUUUUGUACUCAUUUUGAGUAUCUUUGAUAUGUUACCUUGAGUCCUUCAUUAGAAACCAAGGAGAUCCCAUUAUGUCCCAUGUUAAAACAGUCCUGUCAAGUUCAUUGACCUAAAUCACCUGUUUUGGGGGCUCCGGCCUCUACAGAGGUGUGCAUUUUAACUCUUAAUCUUAACCAGUGUACUUAAGAUGCUCUUUUACCAGAAAAUUAAGGUUAGGCUUAAAAUACUGAUAUCACCAUGACAACUUCCUUGUGAUAAACAAUAUGUUCUGUGGUGGAAACCUUAAACAGUUUUUUGCUGUCAUAGAAAAAAGUGUCAGUGAUGAUUCAAUGACUCAAUGCUGAAAAUGAUCUGAUUCAUGUAUCUACUUCAUGUUUUCAUGUUUGCGCAGACUUCAGGGGCGGCUUCUACCUGCAGCCGGUCCAGGACACUCUCCGGGGACAUCAGCUUGUUGAUGAACUGGAGAGAUUACGUUUGUCUGGCCGAGACUCCGGCCAUCUACCUCCCUCCCGUGCCUUCACCCCUCUGCUGGAUGUACCUGUGGACAACUACACCUCCUCCACUGUGCGCUCCCGCUCCCUGAGCCCCUCACCCAUCUACAGCUCCAUCCCCGCACUAUCCCCUCACAGCACCCAUCGAGGACGCCAACCCCACAGCUCCCCGAACAGGAGAGAGAAUGGGGCGGCGAGGUACGACGAGGUGUCCUUAUUGUCGGUGUCUGACCGAGGAGAUGUGUUCCCUGAACGGGGGAGGUCACCUGUGAGGAACGGCUGCGGGAGAGCGAGGAGGGAGGCGAGUCCUGAUAGCAUAGAUAACAGACGGAGCAGGCAGGAGGGCUACACAGAGGUCAGCGUGCGCGUUCCCUCACAGCGGAGAGGGAGAACCCCCCUCGCUGGUGUGUUUGAGGAGCAGAGGGACAAGAGUCCGUCCACGGGCAGAGGGGGCGGUCAGCAGCUUAACGGACAUUCACAAAAUGGACACAGCAUGACGCCUGAGGAGUAUGAGAUUAAGACUUUGACUAUCUCCAAGGCCAAACAAUCACUGGGUAUGUAGAAUACAGAAAUGUGUGUAUAUUUAAAUCAAUCUAAACUUCAAUUGAACAUGACUGUUUGGAAUUAUUAUUGUUAAUGUGUGUAAACUAUUAAAUUAAAGAGGAAAUCCGUAUAUUUUGGUGUUUUAGCAUGACCACAACACCACCAGUAGAGGGCAGGGUGUCACUUAUUUUCAACUAAAAGUGAUUUAGAGGAGUAAAUGCAUUCAUGAUGGCAGAUAAAGAACCAAGAAUCCAAGAACAUGUCAUUGUCGUGAAACUCCUCUGGGAAACCCUAAGUCUUAAUUUUCCUGUGUGUUUACAGGUAUCAGUAUUUCUGGAGGAAUGGAGUCUAGAGUCCAGCCCAUGAUAAAGAUCGAAAAGAUCUUCCCAGGAGGAGCUGCAUCUACAAAUGAGACUCUAAAGGUGAGCAGCUGCGGCAGAAACAGACGUAAACACUACAAUAAAUUACAAAAUAAUCGGUGUUUGAGUGUGAAAAGGCAUAAAAAAUUAAAAUUCUCAUUAGGAUUCUUGCCUGCAGGUAAAACUAGAGAAAAAAGUGUCUAACAAGAUGAAAGGAAGUCCUCUGUUUUGACUAUUAAUAUUGAAAAUGUAACUUAAUCCUUCAUAAGCCCUGACUUAAAGCUCUUUAGAUGUCCUCCGGGGUUGAAACGUGUUGUAAGUACCUGUCAGGCCUGUCAUGUGCUGUGUUUAUGAGUUGUCGCUAUAAGUCACUGAGUAAAUGACUGAGAGGUUGAAUGUGUGCAAUGAGGAGUAGAGAAAAGAUGAGUGGAUCGCCGUCUCAAGUAACCCAUUACCUCCAUUAUUGAUGAGGUACACAGGUGCAGGUCUGCUAAUGUAUUGGUGAUAUAUCGACUGCACAGUAACUUAACAGUCGUCCGUGAUCUUGGCCUGGUUCAUUUAAGCUCACCUGAUACACGCUCAUUUACGACACGCGACCACAGGCUAAUUCUUUAAUAGAGCUGACACCACUUUUAAGACUCUUAAGGGGAAAUGAGUGUGUUAACUGUCUCCUGAAGAUUGAGUGCCUGCACGGAUAGGUUACUACUGUACUCACACCUAGAUGGGUGUUAAUUUGGACCUCUUUCUGACAUUCGCUACCUAUAUUGUGUGUCUAAUUAGAGUGCCAAACAUUAAAAGGAUUACAUGUAUCUUCCCAGAAAUUAAAAUUCAAAGACCUACGUACAAUUGCAGUCUUUCUCUCUUUCUCACGCACACACAUAAAGAAAAACAUUGCCAGAAGCUGUACAACCAAACUUGGAACAAAAUGAACAUAAAAAGGAGAGAUAUGGAUUGAGACUGGUAAUAAAAAUAUGUAGUGAAACAAAAGUAGCAGGAAUGAAAAAUGAAGCAAGGUGAGUGAAAAAACAGAGCCCUGUAAAGGGAGACAGAUGAGAGCAAGACUGAGACCCAGACCGAAGUCCUCCAUCCUUCCUUUUAAAGGGUUGGAGCUCACCUUACCCUCCAAAUUGUCCUUAAAACAGUUUUUUCAGAUGCUGUGACUCCAAAGGGGGAGGAAACAAAACUCCCAGAAUACUGUACAUACAAAGGCAGUGUCACUAAUGUGGGAAAAUAAUGAAGAUAUUUUAAAAAAGUGUUAGAAUACUGCACUAUACACUUUUCAAAAUGCUAUUAUUGUUUAUUAUUAUUUAAAGCUCCGGGAAGAGCGUUGGUUUGUGUCAAAACUGACACCUCUUAUCUCUCGUUCUGAACAUGUCAAAGUAAUGUACUGUUUUGAGACCAGAACUUUAUCCUGUUGUCCUCUAAAAAUGAGACGUUUAGCUCACUUUGAGCAACUACCUUAGAAAACAGUAAAACAUACUGUUUCCUUAGCCUGAUGUUAAUCACACAUUGAACUCAGGUAUUAAAAAUUACAACAGAGAAAAUUUUAGCCUUGUUUCUCAUGUUGACACAUUAGUUUCAGUUUCAGUCAGUUUCCCAACCACUUAAAAAUUCCCCACAGUACCUUUUAACUACAGAUUUUGAAAAUUAGUACAGUUUUUGUUUUCAUGAAGACUAAAUAAAGAACAAAUGUUGCACCAGUCAAGAAGCUUGAGCUGAAGGUCCACUAUCCAGUAGGGGGCAUAACUAAGUGUACUUGGGCUCAAACCAAAAGUCUACAACUAUACAAGUGUUGCUAGUCUGUAUGUAGGUAGAAAAAAAGAUUAAUACCCCUUUAAUAGACCGCUUGUGUAGUAUGAAAACACUUUAUUUCAUGUAUCUGCAGACUUUAAGAUCCAGUGUUCAGCUGCACCAAAGAGUAAACAGAUAAUGCUCAAUUUUAACCGCUUUGACUUGACUUCUUUGGCUAUUCAUCUCGUAGCUGCAGGGAUAUCUCACUCUGAACUGUAGUGGUGCUAGCGUGGCUAUAAUCGGGGUCAUGGUGUCAUAUAAAAAUAAACAGCUACUUGCUGGCACUCUUCUAUCUGUUGUUUCUGCCUCGCACCUCAGAGCGAGGCAUGUCAGCUGGCUUACAUCGGCCCCCUGGCUCAGUGCUAUCUGUCCAAACUCUGCAGAGGGAAGUGAGAACAGAGCAGCUCAGUGUUAACAUGCAUCCUGUUUCCUUUGACCCACAUGAUAACGUAUAAUCAGUGAAGAAUGUUGUUCUGUGUGAGCAGAGAUGUGUCCAUGUGUACAAACACAUUCCUAGUUUGUAGACUCUGCCGCUGCUUUAUCAGCAGAUAUCCGGUGUUGCUGUCACGUGUCUCCUUAUAACUGUCUGGGCUUGAGCACAUAGUAAAUACUCCGGCUGAGAACUUUUCCAUUUAUAGGCUUGUGUGUAAAAUAAACUUGUUAUAUUCUUUUUAAACCCAUCCAAUCUUGCUGCUGGCGUGAUUGAAGACCUCAGCACCAUUUCACUACAUAAACUGCUAAAUGGAUAAGUCAGAAAGGGAUAUGCACUAAUGUGGCAAACUGAAUAAAAGUACUGCUUAAAAAAUUAUGACACUGAUAUGAAUCACUUCAUAUUUUAAAUUCAGACUUUGAAACUAUAUGAAAUGCAAGAUCAUAGUAUUUGAAACGUGACCAAAAAAUGCGAUUAAUUGUGAUUAAUGCGAUGCAACGUGAUUAAUCGGGAUUCAAUAACAACCAUAUCAUAACCCUAAUUUGAAUGCGUGAAUGGAUUAACUAACAAGUAAAGCCUCCAUAAUGAGAUGCACUGCUUUUAUGUGUGUAUCAGUAUGUUUUCUAACUUUACUACAUCUGAUUUCAAGUGAUCCACGGUGCCAAUACUUUUCCUCUCAUUAGGUAAAUAAAGUUGAAGUUAUUCUCAGUGGUCUCGUAAACCACUUACGAAGGUUUAUGCGAGCUGUAGUCAUUUUUACAGGCAGUGAUAUUUUUAGAUUUUGAUGUCCUUUGGCCAGAAAAGAGAAAACCUCACAAAUGUGCUCCAGAAAAUGGCCUCAAAGAGGAUGCAGCAGAUUAGGUCGGAUCUAUUUAAUUCAAAUAAAUUACUUUUCAAAAAAUGAAAAAGCACCUUUAAUCUGCUCUUUGGUUAAAUGGAUCUAAAUCUUUUGAUACUGUUCUCAUGAAAGGUUACGAGGUUAUUGGUGAACACUGGACUGUCUGCUGAGCUGUUGAAAAAACCUGUCAGACCAAAAUCAGGGCAGCAUCCUCCUCCAGAUGUAUCUGACACCUGUGAGAUAAAAUGGGCCGGUGCACAAAGGGGAAAAUUAAUGUCUGAUGACCGCAGAAGGAAAGGGAAAGGGAAAGGACAUUAUGGAUGAUGAUAAAACAAUGGCUGCCUGCAUUGUGCGCUCUGUGUUUCUAACCUUCGCUGAGGUUGAACACGCGAGGCAGGUGCAUCCUCGGCAAACGCUCAUGACAUCAGAGGAAGUCCUUCGUCUCUUGGCUCCAAAGUUUUGCCACUCUCUACUUGCAUCCUGCAGGAAACAGAGGUUCUAUCUGUGCGUGUGUGUGUGUGUGUGUGUGCUUGUCUCAGUGUAUGUUCUUUUCUCAACAACCUUGUGCUGAAGGGGAAACGUUAUGUGUGCAAUAGUGACGGCCUUCAGUGUGAAUAUAUUAAAGUAACAGGAGAGCCCCAAUUCUCCAUGGCAUAAAUCAGGUCCACGCCAAGGGACACAAUCACCGCAGAUUUAUAGAAAUGAUCUAUAAUGUCGUUGUGGAAAGAGACAGAUUUCAACAAAAAAAGAGACUCAGAAUAGGAGGGAAAUAUACAAAAAUACGUGCACUUAUGGAUAGUCUUAGUUUUUUGUUGACACAGAGUUCUGCAUGUCAAACUUUUCCUCAUUUCCCUUUGUUUACAUCUGCAGGCAGGGUAUGAACUGCUAUCUGUGGACGGGGAAAGUCUGCAAGGAGUGACUCAUCAGUACGCGGUCGAUGUUAUUCGCCGAGCGUUCAGCAACAAGGCCAAAGACCCGAUGGUUUUUGUGGUCAAGGUUCCCAAGGUCCUUACUGCCCACACCGCCCCCUGGAGACCUGCGGACUAAUCCUUGUGCGCCUCACAGCAAGGCAGAUGCUCAGGCGUGAAGGACACACGAACCCGCAACCCCUGAGGGAGUAGAUCAACUGCAGAAUUCACUGCAGAGGGGGAGACAUGGGACGGGUAAAUCUGAGGGGUGGACGCACUAAAGUAUUUAUCACUGCAGGAGAAAGCACGGUCA